CCGCGAGCUGGCCCCAGGCCUGGCAGUCCCCAAGGGUGGCUUGGAUUCCUUUCCCAAAAUCUAGGGAGGCGACAGGUCUGCCGGUCUGCCACCCCAAGCAGGCCAUCUCCCCCUAGCUGGCCUGUGAGGCCCAGGUGACCCUAAGCAAGGCCCCCUUGGUUCUACUGCGCAGUCCCAGGCCCUCGACCCUAGGGUCAUAGCUGUCACAUCGCAGUGAUCCUCUUCCUUCUAGGACAGCAGAAAUGGCUGCUUUAUUGCAAGGAAAAAAAUCCAAAAGGAGAGCCCACUGACCAGAGGGUGGGCACAAGUACACACUCGCCAGUCACCUUACCAACUCAGCUGCCCUUGGGAGACAGUCCAGGGCCACCUCCUAUCCCGUUGCUGCCAGACCCAGAGACCAUCUCACCCUGGAGACCAUCUCCCCAGCCUCCAGGCUCCGGAGCCACCUCUCCAGUCUAGUCAGAAGGCUUUGGCCCUUGUCUCCUUGGGCUAGGGAACCCUGAAGUCUUGUUUUGGGACACCUUACAGCUUGCACGCUGAGGGUUGCAGGACCUGUUCUUGCCACCUCCUGGGCUGACAUCUAACAAGGAGGUGACUGAGAAGGCACCAUCUCUGCCAAGUGCUGUCUUCACAUAUUGGGAUUCCGUCCUCUGAGCACAGGUGGGGAGCUGGCUCCCUUCCCUCUGCCCCCUGCCAAGAAAGACCCCUCCCUACCAGUCUGUGGUGGCUUUCCUUCCCUCCUUACCUCUCUGUGGUCUUUGAAGCAUCCCAAUCAGUGAAGACCACUGAGGGAGGGUGGAGUGCAGGUGGGGCUUCUGCCUGGGCACCUGUGGGACUUACCGUUGGACUGAGAGUUACUCAUGCAAAAGAGGAGCUAUCAGAGGUACUGAGGAUGAUCCUGGUCCAGCCAGGCUGCCUCUUAGCCUCUGUGCCCGGGGGCUCAGAUCUGCCCCUCCCUGGCCUGGUGCUGUUGGGGUCACAGGUCUUAAUGAUGAGAUCCCUUUUGCCAAGAAAGCACAAAGCAAAGCUUGGGUUAGAUGCUUGGGAUGAGCGGGGCAGCCGCUCUCUGGCCCCCCAGGGGGCAUCACAGGCUCAUUUCUCAAGUCCUUAGGUCAUGAUGAGGUGACUCCUGAGGCUCUUGAAGGAAAGGAGGCUGAUCCCAGGAGACCAGUGCCUGGCCCAGGAAGAUGCCAGCUCCAUUAGUGCUGACUUGGGUUCCUGUCCUCAGCCACCAGGCAGGUGCUGAGUGAACACUGGGAUAUGGCUUCCAGAAAGGGAGAUGGCUAAGGUGGGUCAUGUGUACGGAUUAAACACGGCUUUGGGCCAGUACUUUUAUGGGCCAUGUAGUCAGGGGCACACAGGGUGGAGUGGGUUUACACUUUACACCUGAAGUGUCUCGUCUGAUACAAGAUACCUGGGCCUCCAGCCCCAGCCCUGUUCCUGUCCUGGCCUGGGGGCUCUUCCAGGAAUAGAUACCCCCUUGCCACGCUGCCUGUGGGAGGCCUGUGUGCAGAUGGAGCUGGGAACUGCAGGGCCAGCUGUGGACUGAAUGCCAUGGGGAGGAGGAUACCCACUAUGCUGACCGUCCACUGCCCUUCUCCCUGUCAGUCUGCCUGGCCAUCCUGAAGUCAGGGAGGCCACUUGUCCUUGUGCUGUCUUUAAAAGAAAAGCAUUGAGGGAGGGUGGAGUGGGCCUGUGAACCCCAGGAUGGCAUGUCCUCUGUUCACAGCCCUGACCUGGGCCUCCCUUGACCCCUUCGUCCAAAGUGUCCUGUGAAGCAGCCAACACGGUGUCCCAGCACAGCACUGGAGAUUAAUUGGUGCUUUUAAUUGCUUGCUGGUCUGGCAGAAAUGAAACAAGGCAACAGAGAGGGGUGAACUGCUCAGAGCUACAGUUCCUAAAGGCAGCUCAGCCUGCACUGCUGGGUCGCAGAGAGGCAGCAGAGGGCCCUGCUUGGUGCCCCCCAGGAGUCCUACCUCCCUAUAACAGAUGUUCAGGGCUCUGGGCCAAGCUGUUUGCUGGUCCCCUUUCCCUUAAUUUAGUGGUCUCAGGGAUGCUGAGAACGCUGGUUGGAGCAAAAGUUCUGGUUGGGGCCACAGUGGAUCCCUCAGUGGAGCUGACGUCUUCUGCCAGCUUGAGAGCUGGCACACACCAUCCUUCCAUGCACUCUGAGGGUGACAGAGAGCUGCCCACAUCCCUGCUUCUUGGCCCUGCAGGGGCAGCAUUCCCUGGGCUCCUGUGCCUGGAGCUGGUCCCCCUGCAGCCUGCCCGCUCCUGGCACUAUAGCCAGCUGCCAGCAGCACCUUCCCCAGAAGCAGUAGAGUCUGUUGCUGCACUUCCUAGGCCCAUCCCUGAUCAUGUGGGGUGGAGUGGGUUUGCACCUUGCACCAGAAGGGUCUGGUCUGAUACAAGAUACCUGGGCCUCCAGCCCCAGCCCUGUUCCUGGUAUUCCUACCCAAACCCCUUCCAUGCUUGUUCCCCCACAGCCUUGUUCCAUUGCAGUGCCUGGCUACCCUGAACUCUGGUUGCCUGCCCACCUGGCCUUGCCCACUGGAACUCUGCCCUUCACCCUCACCAGCUCCAUGCCACCCUCCCCUGGGCACUGAGCUCCACUGGGAAGUGAUACAUGGGCCUGAGAGCGGCCGUCUCAUCUACGUGCAAGAGGAGAGCCAGGACACUGAUGGGGACUCUUUAGAAAAGCAGCCUUCUGGGCCCACAGGAGGCUGAAAUCUAUGUCCACCUUUCCAAGCCCAGCUUCCCAACCUAAGGAGGCUUCUUGCCCAUCAUGUCCAUGUUUGUGACCCCUGAAGUGGAGCUGGUUUUAAGUACAACUACAAAGGCAAAGGGUAACUUGAAGUAGAGCUAUCACAAAGAAAUCUCUUCUUGGUCAGAGGGGUUCUAUUUGGCUCUGGUCCUGGCCUCCUCUGCUGAGAUGGAAGGUUCCAGACACCCAUCAGUGCCAAAGGCAAAUUAAACAUACCCAUGAAAAGCUCUCUGUCUCCCAAGCACUUCCUUCCUGAAAACAGUGAGGGAAGGAGGUUUUAGUCAAGUACUGCAGUGAGUCUGUGGAUGACAUGGCUCCCAGGCUAUGCCAGGCUGGGGGUGCUGGGGUGCAGAAUCCAGUGUUGGGUGAACCUUUGCUUCUGAAGGUCCUGGUAGGGUCACAAGCACAGAAAACUGGCUGUGCCUCUGAGCCAAGGACCACAGUGCCCGACAUUGGGUGGCCCUGCCCACAACACAUGCUUGGUGGUUUAAAAGGCUAUUUGUUAGGCAGCACUAUUGGGGUAACUGAUGACCAGCGGAGUGACCAGUCCAGCCCACAGGCUAGGCAGUUUCCAAGAUUUCUUCCAAUCCAGAAUAUAAUUCCAAGUAGAAGAAAAGGACUAGGGCAUUUGGCACAGGGCUAUGUUGCUGGGACGCAGCUGCAUGGAGAAGCUUAGCUUUCCAAGCUGCCGAGAGCUGUGGCUCACCAGCUUGCAGGGCACUCAGGGCCACAUCUCCCAGGGUGCAGGGGGAGCAGGGACGCGCAAGAGGAGACCUCCGAGCCAAGCAGAACAGCCGCGGGAGUCACGGUCAGCAAAUGGCACAGCACCUGCUUGCUUGCCCCCACCCGCACCUGCCAGCCUCCCACGGGGGUUUGGCCGCUGGACAGUCAGGGUGGGAUCAGCCCAAACUGACCAUCCCUCCUAGAGAAGACAACAGAUGUUAGCAUCAACGGGUCCUGCUCCCUUUCCGCAAACAGACUUCAAGACGUGAAAAAUUGGGGUAAAUGAGGGGUGCACGAUUAGAUUUGGGCCCAAGCUGGGUUCUUGUGGGUGCCAGAGACAGCUGCAACCACAUGUCAGGGACAAUGGCCCUGAUGCGGUGGGGGCUGCCAGGCUGGGGUGCCCGGGGACAGCUGGACGAGGUGCUGACAGAGGGCUCAUUCCUCUGUGAAGCCGCUGCGCAGCUGCUGGGAGUGUGGCCAGCCUUGGGCUGUGUGCCUCGUCCCGGGGGCUGCCCUGGAGGAGGCUGUGGGUGGCUGGGGCGCAGGGUCCACCUGGGUCAGGCGGGCUGUGGUCCCCUGAUGCCAACCAGCUCAGUCAGGUUCUGGCAGCUCCUCUGGGGCCCUUCCCUCCCGAUUCCCCUUUCUCAGCUCUUCUCCUCCCACGGUCCUGGGGCAGCCCCAGUAUCUCAGCUCCCCCUGGCCUCUCCUCUCAGCUUUACAUUUCCUCCUAGUUCUUGCUUGACAGUAAAGCUCAGGACCCUCCCCUGCCUCAAGGCAGAGCUUGGCCUGCAGGUGGCCUGCAGGGUGCAGGACAGCACCCCAGGGGAUUCCACCUGGCCUGCAGCCCCCUCUCUGUGCCAGAGCCAGCCUCAGCCAUGCAGCUGAGUCUGGAUCUACAGAGGUUUUGUUUUUGAUGUGGGGCAACUUCUUAGGCCUAAGACAGCUGUACCUUAAACUAGAUGCUCCUUAACAGAGAAAUAGGUUGAGUUUUGUAGACUUUCCCCCACCAGCAAAAGCAAAGCCUUCCAGGUGAUUGUGAAACUACUUUGAGGACAUUCUUUGUUGUUUUAUUUUUAAAUUUUUUAUGUGUUUACUUUGUAGUACUGGGGCUUGAACUCAGGAGUGCUCUGCCAAUAAGCUAUAUCCACAUCCUUUUUAUUUGAGACAGGGUCUUGCUAAGUCCCUGAAGGUGGCCUUGAACUUGUGAUUUUCUUGCUUCAGCCUCCUGUCACUGGGAUAGUCACUAUGCCUUGCUCUUUUACUUUUAAAAUUGAGGUGAAAUUUACACAGCAUGAAAUGACCACUGUAAAUGGCUCUUCAUACAUUCACAAUGCUGCACAUCCAGCCUCUAUCUGGGAACCCACACCCACCAAGACUCACACCCCUUCCCCCUCCCAGCCCAGACGACCUCCGGGCUACCUUCUUUUCCCUUGGAGUUUCCCAUUCUGGAGAAUUCCUGCAAGAGGAAUCACACAGCUUGUGUCUCUCUUCUCACUUAGCUUAAUGUUUUCAAGUUUCACCCAUGUGGUAGCACACGUCAGAAUGUUGUUCUCCUUUAUGGGCAAAAAGUACCAUAGUGCAGUUUCAAUUAAAUUCAGGUUGAAAUGGGUGAGAUCUCAGUCAUCAGCCGGCCACUCCUUGGGGGAGCUCUGCCCUGAGUGACCUGUGCUUGAGCCAGUUCCAGACAGUCUCCUGGGAAGGCAGACCCAGCAGGAAACUCAAUCUGCAGAGGACGCAAGCUCCCAGCAGACCCUUCCGCUGGCCUCACCCACCCUGGGCAAAUCCAGAGAGGGAGCAUGGAGCCAGCCGAGCCCGAGAGCUGGAUGCCAGAACAAGGGGCCCUUUUCUGCUCUGCACAAUGCCCCAUUGUGCCCUUCUGAAGGGAGGACAAUGCAGCCCCAGCAAGGGGAAGCUGAGGACAAAAGAGCCUUUUGUGAGGACUGUCCCCACCUGAAAGGCAGCACCCAGGGUCACACCUGAUGGCAGAGCUGCCCUGCCUUGCCUUCCGUCCAGUGCAGCUCUGGCCUCCAGACUGGGACCCGGAGAAGCUCUGCAGGCUUGGCUGUCCUUCCCAAACAGCAGUGCUGUCCAUCCCAUGCCUGGCAUCCAGACAGCAAGGAGGAAAGGUGCAGGGCAAGGGCUCCCAUGGAAGAACUGUUCCUCCAGUUCCCAAACUUGGAGACCUUGGGCACAUGUUGCUGCCCUGCUGGAGGCACAACAGGAUGUGGCAGGUGUCCGUGCCACCCACUGCAACAUCUGUUAUAGGUCACACUUCACAGCUGGGGUCCUGAGGGAGGGUCUCUCAGAAAAAAUAAUGGCAAGCUUUGAAAAACUUAUAUAAGAUGUACAUCAGUGCUGUUACCCCAGCAACAGGGGAAGGCUGGGGUUGGGAUUGGAGAGGAGUCCCAGCAGUUACCCAUCUGGCUUAACUUGGAGAGGGGCAACUGUCCACAGACAACCUCUCAUGAUGCUUGCACUGCAGGUGGGCGAGGGUACAGACAGACACUAAAUCCGGAUCAUUUGACCAUGCAAGCAUUGAUAAUUUAUAUGUCAAAACACUGAGAACAAAAUUCAGAAACUAAAGACAAGAAGAUGUAAUACCAAAUAGAACCAAGAAAAACAUUUGAAAUAUACACAAAGAAAUAGGACCUUUAGUAUGUAAAGAGUGCUAACGAAUGAAGAGGGAAAACCCCACACCUCUCUGAUUGCUUCCCAAGAGCCCUGCAGUUCACCUAGGGUUGUGCCCACAGUCCUGCGCGCAGUUUCCCUCUGGGAAGUCUCAGGAAUGCCUGAUUCACCGAUCCACAGUCUCAGAGCAACACCCCCCGAACAGCGACUGAAUGGCUUCUACUAUCAGAAGCAGAGCUGCUGGCUUUCGUGGGGUCCUGCUCUGGUCUGUAGUAAGUUCUUCCCUCCUCUGAGUCCUCGAUGGCCCCUCUUUGCUCAAAGCCUGUAGGAACGUUACCUAUCUAGUAGGGGCUUAGAUGGCUGUGCAGACACCCCCGUGGAAUUUCGGGUGGGCUAGGAAGCUGGAGUCGGCCCUGCCCACUCUGUACCCCACCAACUGCGUCGGCUGCCCAGCUUCCUCUGCGGAAAGCAGAAAGGAGGCGUCUGCACCCCGCGAUCCUCGCGGCCCGGCCUCCCCUGUGCAAGCACCGGAUCCACACCGCAGGGAGCGCAGGACGCACUUUCCAUUAGCCUCCAUCGCGCUCCUUCCCUAGAAGGCCGGCGCCCGGGACUUUAGCAACACCGGUUGGCGGAACGAACCAAGGAGUGAAGGAAUCCUGAGCGGCCCCUGGGCCCUCCCAGCCGCAACGCCCCCGAAGCUUGCGGAAGGGGGGUGCCUGUCCGCGCGUGGGCAAGACCCACCAGACAGUGGGCGUGGUCAGGGCGUGGUCUCUGCGAUCCGUCCUCCCCGCGCAGGCGCUGAGAUGGCAGCAAUGGCUGCGCCCGAGGGGUCACUGAGGAGGCGGAAGGCCGGGGGCUCGGGUCCAGGGCCUGGGUCGCCGCCCGCACCAGGACGCGAUGACGCUGGCUGCUCCACCCGCCUGCGCACAGGCACCUUCUGGCUGACCAGAAUCGUGCUUCUGAGGGCCCUCGCCUUCGUCUACUCCGUGGCAUUCCUGGUGGCUUUGCAACAGAACAAGCAGCUGAUUGGUGACCAAGGCCUGCUGCCCUGCAGGGCAUACCUGAAGAGCGUGCAGCAGUACUUCCGAGGACGGGGUGCCUGGGAUGCCUGGAGCUAUGCACCCACCAUCAUCUGGCUGCUGGAUUGGUCAAACAUGGACUUCAACCUGGACCUGCUGGCUCUGCUUGGAUUGGGCAUCUCGAGCUUUGUCCUGAUAACUGGCUGUGCCAACAUGAUCCUCAUGGCUGCUCUCUGGGGUCUCUACCUGUCCUUGGUCAACGUGGGACAAGUCUGGUAUUCUUUUGGCUGGGAGUCGCAGCUGCUGGAAACGGGGUUCCUGGGAAUCUUCCUGUGCCCCUGGUGGACUCUGUCCCGACUGCCCCGGCACACCCCCACGCCCUGGACAGUGCUGUGGGCCUUCCGUUGGCUCAUCUUCAGGAUCAUGCUUGGAGCUGGCCUGAUCAAGAUUCGUGGUGACCAGUGCUGGCGAGACCUCACCUGCCUGGACUUCCACUACGAGACCCAGCCAGUGCCCAGCCCCCUGGCCUACUUCCUACACAGGUCGCCCUGGUGGGUGCACCGCUUUGAGGCCCUCAGCAACCACUUCCUAGAGCUCCUGGUACCCUUCUUCCUGUUCCUCGGGCGACGGAUGUGCAUCCUCCAUGGCGUGCUUCAGAUCCUGUUCCAGGUGGUCCUCAUCCUCAGUGGGAACCUGAGCUUCCUGAACUGGCUGACUAUCGUGCCCAGCCUCAGCUGCUUUGAUGACGCCUCUCUGGGAUUCCUGUUUCCCUCUGGGCCAGCUGGCCUGAAGGACAGAGCCCUGAAACUGCAGGACGAAGAAGCCCAAGGGGCCCAGUCCCGGCCAAGACAUGUAGGCUGUGCUGUGCGCCGCGUGGUCAACCUCUCACUGGGCAUCCUCCUGGCCUGGCUCAGUGUGCCAGUGGUCCUCAACCUGCUGAGCGCCAAGCAGGUCAUGAACACCACCUUCGGCUCACUCAGGAUCGUCAACAGCUAUGGGGCCUUUGGCAGCAUCACCAAGGAGCGGACAGAGGUGAUCCUGCAGGGCACAACGAGUCCCAACGCCAGUGCCCCUGAUGCUGUGUGGGAGGACUAUGAGUUCAAAUGCAAGCCCGGUGACCCCUGGAGGCGGCCAUGCCUGAUCACUCCCUACCACUACCGCCUGGACUGGCUAAUGUGGUUUGCGGCCUUCCAGGUGGAUCCGAGCAGAGCACUGGCGGUACAAGUUCAGCCUUCCUGGGGGCAAGCAUGCCGCAGAGGGCAAGUGGUGGGUGCGCAGGAGGCUUGGCCCCUACUUCCCCGCAGUCCGCCUCGAGGACCUGGAGGGCUACUUCAGGGAGUAGGACUGGCCUCUCUAGGCAAAGCCACAAUAAAGGCCCACGGACAGGCGCUGCUGUGUGAUUCCCUGGUGCCCAUCGCCCCUUCCCAGGAGGGCGACCCCUGGUCUCCCACAGGGCAGCCGGCACCAGGCCUCCAAGUGCUGCACCUGCCCGUCCUCUUGCCCUCACAGGGGACAGCUGCCCAAGCUCAGGAGCAGCCCCGCCCAGGGCUUGGUUUAUUCCCCAGGGCCAGGCUGAGCGUGCCCACACAGCAGGGGACCGUGCCCACACAGCAGGGGACCGUGCCCACACAGCAGGGGACCAGGCCUGCAACCCACCUAGAUGGGGCAGCUCUACUAUCUCAAGCUCAUCGUAGUCUACACCUGUACCCCACAUCCUCCCCACGUGGUCAGCCUUUGAGGUGUGGACAGAGCCACCGUCCUCCACAUGUGGCCAUGUCCCCAGACUCGUAUUAGUGACCUGCAGAGGCCACAGGGUUGGCGGCACCAUGUCUGGGGGUGUGCUGGGAUGCCAUGCUUCCUACUGGCUGAGUGGGAUGGGUCGCAAGGCGCCUGGAGGAGCCUAUCCCACCCCACCUUCUACUCACAGUUCCACGGCCAGCCAUUCUGCAAAGCCUUCCAGGGACAAGGUGGCUCCACAACAGGCCAGCCAAGCUGGGCACAGUCAGGGGAGCCCCCUGUGUGGAGCCUCUCAGCCUGCCUGGUCAGCCUAGGAGGGAACAGAGGGUCAGUGCUCUGGCUCCUGGGGAAAUAGGCACCUUGUGUCUAUGGGGACAGAUGGGCCUCGGAGCAGGGAGCCUGGAGCCAGCCAGUCUGCCCUCAGCAACCUCAGGGCUGACUGGCUGCCCCAACCCCGGGGCCCUUCCUGGGGCCCUGUGAGGGGUCUCCGCAGGCACAGCAGUGGCUAGAACUGUAGGGACUCUCCUCUGGAGAGGCAAGCCCUGGGGGGAAGCCUGCGGCCACCGCCCCACAGUCCUGGCAGGAAGGCAAGGUCCGAGACAACCUGCAAGAGCCACGGCAGGCCUGGAGGAGGCACCCUCCAGCCUGACAGCGCCCCCAGGGAAGGCCAGGGGAGGGCCAGGCAGGAGCAGCUCACCACCCCAGGCAGCCGCCCGCUCGUGAUUAUCUGUCAGCUGUCUGUGUGUCUGCCAGCCACGUGGAGCUGCAGGACAAGGACACCAGCCAGGCCUCCUGGGGUGCAGCAGGGCUCAGGGUCAGCUGGCAGUGUCCCCCUGGGCUCUGACUCCAGGUGCCCAGCCCUAUUCAGGGAGACCCCCACCUCAGGGUGUGGUCACUCUGGACAUCUGCUCACCUGAGGACACUCCAGGGUCCUGAGGUCCUGAUGGUGACCGCAGUCACCUCUCCCUCACCAGCCCUACUCCCUGAGGAGCCGGCACAUUUGUGUCUGCCCUCAGCUCCCCAUGGCACUGUCCACGCAGGGCAGAGUGCCUGGCUGUACUCAAUCUGCAGUGGUCAGUGUGGUUUUUGGGGCGCUGACAACAGGAGCCAGUGUGGGGUGGGUGGUGCUUGUGAGUGGGAGCCGGAGACCUGGGACUGUCACUCGCUGAACUGAGGAACCAGCUAGAGGAGCUGGGUGCCCGGGAACUAGCCCAGCCAGGACGAGAAGUAAAGACUGGGCCUCCCGAGAGGCACACAGAUGGGAGAGUGGCCUGAGGCUCCACCAGGCCUGUCCAGGGUCUGGUGGCCUCAUCUACCGCAAUGGAGCCCCAUUCUCAGGCUCUUGUGACUGCAAAUAACGAGGAAUAAAGCUAGAGCCCUCACAGUCUGAUUUCAAACUCUGCAACAAAGCUGCAGUAGCCAAAACUGGCACUGGCACAGGUCAGCAGCGUAGAAAAACUCUUUACAGACAGCUGUUGACAAGGGUGCUGAGAUCCCAGUUUGAAGAAUGUGUGGGCCCUUCACACCAUGUGCAGAAGUUAAACGGGAGAAAUCCCAAAGGAGAACCAACUGCAGACACAAAUGGGACACCAGGGACACCCUAGGACAUGGGACAGGUCACCAAAUUCACCAGGACUGCAUCUCAGAGUGGUGUCCAGAGCAUGCAGACACCACCACAGGAGACAAAAGCCCAGCAAGGACCAGGAGGAGGACACGCAUGGAGCCUUCUGUGAAGCAGAUGCAAAUCCCAGUGUGCACCUGGAGAGCACUGGCCAUCCGUGGCCACAAGGGGAGCACAGAUGGAGCCUUGAGGACAGAGGAUGGACCUGCUGCCUCUACAGUCCCCUGGGACAAAGCUGGGCCCUGCUGUCACACUUCCAGCCAUGGGCCCGGGAAGACUGAGGACAACAUUUCCAGCAUCAUUCGUGCCAGCCAGAGGCCUAUCAGUCUACUGAUGGGCAGGCCUUGGCCACAGGAGGACCCUGGAAACGAGGUUCUGGAAGGGACCAGAUGCAGAAGUGCCCAUGUGACUGCCUGUGGCCACGUCCUGGGAGCAGUUCAGCAGCAGGUUGGGUGGCCCGGAAGAGGCAGAGGCCAUAGGAGAACGGACUGAAUGCAGUGUCAAGUUCAAGAUGACCGACUUUGCAGUUAUGUCUGUUUUACAUCCGGAUUCCAGAACACAGUCCCUGAGUGUCCUGAGAGCCUGGACCAGGCCAGGGACUGGAGACACUGUACAGCACAUCAACUGCAGUCGCCAAUGCAGGGCCACCGGCCCCCUUCUGCGUCUGGGGAAGACACAGGAGCCAAUGGGGCUGGAGACUUACCUUCGCCGCCUGCCACCCAGUGGCUGGGCUGUCCACAUGUAUCAGGCAUUGGGGGGAGUCGCUGGGCCUUACAGGGGUGGGGUGCCACGUCCAGCUCAGGUAAGGCAGCAGGGGCCACCUGGUAGCCUACAAACAUGUACCUCAGUGAUGCCCACCCCGCAGCAUCUGCUGCUGCCCGCUCAACCCUCACCCUGCCAGUCAUCUCCAGGCCUGGGUAAAGCCGGCUGCUUCCUCCCUUCAGGCACGCAGCCCGGCCCCACCUAGGCUGGCACCGGGUCUGGACCAGGCGGCUCGCUACUCUAGGGCUCUGCCCCAACCCCAGUGCAGAUGGUGGCCAGACCACGCCAGAUGAGGUCAGCCCUGGAACCCAGCGGUCUCAGCCCACAACCUGCCUUGACUUGCUGGGCACUGCUGGGCCCUCACUUGCCAAGGGUUUCCUAGUGUCAAUAUGCAACUGAGGGACAGCAGAGCCCUUCUCCCAGCACCUGCCAUGCCUCAACUUCUCACUGACCUGGAGGCCAUCCCUGCAGGCCUCAAGUAGUGAGCUGCACAGCCUUAUCUGCAACCACACAGCAGAGCUGAAGACGGCCCAAGUGGAGAAGGGGAACACUGUAGGCAACUUGCCCCCCAUAUGAGCCCAGGUCCUAGGUCAGGGGAAGACCCAGGGAAGAUGUGGCUGUCAUGGCGACCCUGGACACACCAUCUCAGAAGUCCCAGAAGGAGGAAGAGGGGAGACUCUUCCAGGGGAGCUCUGGACAGCUCAGAGUAAUGGGCACCACCCACCUGCAGAAGCUAGAUGGCAACUCCCACAGCCACACAGGCACUGCCCAGGGCCUCCCCAGGAGUGAGCACAGCCUGGGGGCAUCCGCCAGGGAGAGCAGGAGCCAGGGGUUCUCCCACACGUGGCUGGCAGCACACCAUGGCAGCAUCUGAUGUCAACACUGGCUCAGCACAGUCCUUCCAUUAGAAGGGGUCCCCAGGAAGGAUGGGGCCGGGGGACACACCAGAAAGUGUGUAUGUUUGUCAGAAGCCACUGUGGUAUAAAAUAGGUGGGUUUCAUUUAUGUCAGUUACACCCAGCUCUGGACAGGCCCAAGGUGCCAUGGUCCUGAUCCCCUCUGUGCAGGCUCCGGCCUCCUCGGUACCUGUGCACACAGCCACUCCUGGGUAAAGUCACUGGAAAGGAGAGACACUGCCACACCCCAGGAGGACCAACAAAGCUGCCAGCCCAGUCAGAGGCCCGGUGUGCAGGCAGCAAGUUAAGGCCACACUGCUCACAGGAUCAGGCGCAGAGACAGCUCCCCUGCACUCUUCCAGGGCAGCUAGCUGCACCAGCCUUUCGCUGCCACAGAGCACCCACACAGAAAACUCGGCCUCCUUCCUGUAUGGCUGCAAGCCAGGGCCAUGCCUGGGGGCCACCGGGCUCUGACCAUGCUAAUGUCUGCUGUGGACAUCAUCUGGGCUCAGACUUUGCAUGUGUUCCCAUCACAGUAACCCAUGUCACUCAGAGCCUGCUGUGUUGGGCACGGGGAGCCUUGCACUGGACAUGUGGGAAGGGAGAGGGGCCCUGGGCGAACGUACCCUCCACACUGCCCUGCCAUCCAGCUUGUGCCAUGCCCUGGUAACUCCACUGUCCUUGGCUGCAGUUUCCUAAAGUCAGCUCUGAGCUCAAGUGGCACAGGCAAGGCCCAAGGCAGACUGCAGCCUUGUGCCUUGAGCACAGCCUCACCUGCCAGGACAGCCAGGGAGGCUGCCACCACGUGGACGGGCCAAGUGGGACCACACUAUACCCCCCAGGUGGCAGGCAACACCCACUUGUCCUCAGGGAAGGUCAGGCCCCUCGCCUGGCUCCAGUAGGCUGCACCUGGGCCCCAGCACUGGUGCCAGCCCUUCAGCUGUGCCCUCCAUGGUAGGCACAUUAGCAUCUCAAUGGCCUGGAUUGAUAGCCAGGGAGCAGCUGCCUGGGCAUAGAAGAAGGGGACAGCCUUGCUCCUUGGGGUGGGCUGGGCUCCGUCAAGUGGCUUCCUCUCCCCACAUGGCCCCACUCACAACUGGAUGGAAGAACACCAAGCACUACCAGCAGUAGCCAGGGCCUCUGUGUCCCUCAACGUCCGCCCUGGGGCAGCCACGCAGCUGCAGGGCUGGAUAGCCAGGCUCCGUUCCUGCCUUUGCUGUGAGCAGAGGUGGGGCCAGGCCCAGGCCCAUCAGUACCCGCCCGGCCCAGGAGGCACAGGCUCUCCACCAGCCCCUGGGGAAGUCCCCACAGCUUGGCCCUUCCUGCAACUGUCUGCCCCCUCACUGGAGCAUCAGCUCCACCUGAGGAUCGGUAGUAUCCCCAGAUGAUGCCACUGCAGUGGGCUGGGUAGUGUCCCCAAAUUCAGAUCCACCCUGACCUCAGGAUGUGAGAUUUGGGAAGAGAGUCCUUGAGAAGAAUUGAGGAUUGGGAGGUCUGCAAAUCAGUGACAGGUGCUCAGAGAGGAGACAGGAGGAGGGACGAGACCAGGGCAGGAAGGACAGUCCUCCCACCAACCUUAACGGAGGGUGGCCCUGCCCACACCUGAAUUCUGACCCAGGGGCCUCCAACCAGUGGGAGGAUAAACUUUCCUGCUUGAAGCCCCAGGUGAGGCCCUUUAUUGUAGCCCCCAGAGAUCACACACUGCCAACCUGGGAGCAGGUGGCAGAAUGUAGCCCCGAGUGCCCUCAGUCGCCCUUGCAACCAGGGCCAGGCCCCCCACUCCUGCUGGCCCCACAGAGGGCUGUGGAUACUGCUUCCCUCACAGCCCAGUGCUGGGGCAACACAGGACAGGCCCAGGCCUUGGGGAUGUUCGCAGGGGAGGCCCACAGGACACCAGGGUCUGAUGGUACCCACUGGCAGGCAGCAUCACAGACACAUGAGCUCCCUGGCACCUCUCUGCAGACACUUGGCUGACAGCUUUCCUGAGUGUGGUUGGCAAGACCUUCCAGAACAGGAGCGCUCUCCCCGCAGCCCUGCCUGCUGGGAUGUGGCCACACCUUGUCAGGAGCACCCCUACCCCGCCAUCCCCCACCUCAAGUCUAUCCCGCCUGGGGCUGCACAGCCCACAGUGAGCAGCCUGUCCGUCCUCCCCAUGAACACUGAGGGCACAGAGCCAGGUUUUCCAGACAUAGGCUCUGGGCUGGCCUGGUGCAGCCUGGAGCCCUGGGGAAGCAGUGGAGGCUGCCAAGCCCAGAGGGCCCCCUGGUGGCGGUGGCCACUGGAAGGCCUCAAGGCAGCUCUGCACUGACCCGCCACACAUCACUGCAGAGUUCUCCUGCCACAUCCCCAGGGCCAGUGGAGGGCGCCUGAGGUCUCAGGCCAAGCCAGGGCUGAUAUCACAGUGAGGGGAGGCUCUGCGCCUGCUGGGGACAGGGAUAUAGACAGCCGGGCGUCACCUGUCAGGGCUGGGCACCACAGUUGUGCUGUAGCACAAGUCCAGGACACUGAACUGGUUGGAUACACUCCCUGUGCCUCAGUCUGCUGGCAGAGUCAGGGACAGGCCUGCCAGCAGGGCAGAUGGUGUCCACCUAGACCCCGGCCUAGAUGCCAUGAUGCUCACAGGGCCCCUCGGACCCAGGGAUUCCAGUGCUGAGCCCAGUCCUUGCAGGCAGUGCCCAGGGAGCAUCCCCCGGGACAGGCAGCAGCUGUCUGGCUUGGCAGUGGGUCUAGACCUGGUACAUCCCACAAUAUACCUGUCAUAUGUACCUGGUACAUCCCAGGUUCUGCCCUGGUACAUCCUCCCCUGUGAACAUCCCAAGCACAGCCUGCUCAGGCCCGUCCCUUGGUACCAGGACAGGACCCACUGCCAAACUAGCAGCAGCCUCCUCCAAUCCAGUAACAGUGAGGAAACAGCCUUGGUGACAGCAGUAGAUUGUCAUGCUGAGCUCAGACCUUGUGCCCCUAAGGCAGGGACCCUGGAGGAAGCCAGCAGCUAGGCUGAUCCCCACAACCUCACCUCUGAACCAAGAACCAGCAAGGGCCUCCGCUGGAGGCUAUUCCCUCCCAUCCUCAUGGGUCUGUGGGUCCAGCUGGGGCAGGAAGGGGACACCAGGAGACUGACCUGGGUGGCUGUAGAACCACCAUCAUAGAAUGGUGGACCUCAAGACAUAAAUGCACAUCCUGAUCCCAAAACCUGCAAAUAGGGCCCAAUUUGGAAAAUAGUGUUUUGCAAGUAUAAUAAAGUUAAGAGAUCAUC